UAAUACAUAUACGCACUCACGAUAACAUAUGUAAGCAAGAAUAUCGAAUUUUGGCCCAUCGAUGGUGCUUCAAGUGGGGUCUUUUAAGCUCUCAAAUCGUGAAAUUUAUAUAGUAUUUAUAUAAUUUCUUUCUAUAAUUUGUGAGAUUAUUUUACCAAAAUUAUAAUUUACUCACAAACCUUUGUGAGCAACAAUUGCAGGUUUACUUUACAUUCGAAAAGGAAUCUCGAAUAUUAUCACUUCCUUUUUUCUUUUCUUUUUUGAGUUUUUUCGAGUAUUAUAUACACUAUGAGCGUGUUGAACAGUCAAUAAUUGCGCAGAUUAUUAUAACUUUUCUGGACCAAGUCCUCGUUUUUACUGCCAAGAAUUUUCCAAAAUAUCAAAAAUUUCUUCAAAUCACCUUAUUUUCUCCUCCAAAUUCAGGGUUACAAGUUCAGAAUUUUCGGUAUUCGUUCUCAUAAAUUUGGAAUCUUGGUUUUCCAAGAUUUCUGCAUGAAGGCAUUGGAUUAGGAUUUCUGGGUAUUUCAAUUUUCAUGGCGUGGAUGAUUGUGGAAAAAGCUGAGUUCUUGAAGCUUUAGGUUGGAUGGUUGUAUUGAAUUUAUCAGGAUUUUGAGGCUUUUGAUGGAAUUUCGACUGUGGGAUGAUUAUCUGAGGGUGUGAAGGAGGGUUUAUUUAUUUAUUUAAUUAUUUAUAUUCAUCCUCUGCUGAUUUUCUUGAAUUGGGGGAAUUAUGGGGUGUGUUUGUGGGAAGCCAUCUUCAGCAGUUGAAGAUAGUGAGGUGAGCCCAAAACAGAGAGACCUGAUUAGGAAGGCUUCUGAACUGCGUUUGGCUAGAGGGGUUUCUUCGAGAAGGAAUGAGAGUUUCUCAUUGAAGGAGAGUUUGGAGAAUGGUGAUGUUAAAAUUGGGUUGAUUGAUAAGAAGGUUAGUGGGUCUAGGAAGGUGAGGGAUGAUUACUAUGAGAAGAGGAAAGGGAGCUGUGAGGAUCUAGGUGGCAACUUUCCCAGCUUGGGGAGCCUUCCGAGGGCGGUGGAGGGCGAGCAGGUCGCUGCCGGAUGGCCGUCUUGGCUGGUCGCGGUGGCUGGGGAGGCCAUCCGCGGCUGGACUCCGCGGAAGGCUGAUACCUUCGAAAAACUUGAUAAGAUUGGCCAAGGUACUUACAGUAGCGUAUAUAAGGGCCGUGAUCUCCUGACUAAUAAAUACGUGGCUCUGAAGAAAGUACGUUUCGAUAAUAUGGAUCCUGAAAGCGUAAAAUUUAUGGCGAGGGAGAUUCUCAUUCUGCGAAGGCUUGAUCACCCGAAUAUUAUCAAGCUGGAAGGCUUGGUCACUUCAAGAACGUCUUCGAGUUUAUAUCUUGUCUUUGAAUAUAUGGAACAUGAUCUCACCGGACUUGCAUCACUACCCGGUGUCAGGUUCACAGAGCCACAGGUGAAGUGCUACAUGAAGCAGCUAUUGAGUGGACUAGAUUAUUGUCAUAGCAACGGUGUCCUGCAUCGUGAUAUUAAGGGUUCGAAUCUCUUGAUUAACAAUCACGGCGUCUUGAAAAUUGCUGAUUUUGGCUUGGCGAGUUACUUUGAUAAUCACAACAAAAUCCCUCUUACAAGCCGUGUCGUGACAUUGUGGUAUCGGCCACCUGAACUUUUGCUUGGAGCGACUCAGUAUGGAGUUGCUGUCGACUUAUGGAGUGCUGGCUGCAUACUCGGAGAGUUGUACGCUGGCAAGCCCAUCAUGCCGGGUAGAACUGAGGUUGAGCAGCUGCAUAAGAUAUUCAAGCUUUGUGGUUCUCCGUCCGAGGAUUAUUGGAGAAAAUCGAAGCUACCUCAUUCGCCGGUCUUUAAGCCCAUUCAGCCUUACAGACGGCGGAUUGCUGAUACCUUUAAGGAUCGUCAUGAUGCUGCUGUAAGGCUGAUGGAGAUCCUACUCUCUGUCGAUCCUUCAGAUCGAGGGACUGCAGCUAGUGCUCUCGAGAGUGAGUUCUUCAAAACAAAUCCCGUUGCGUGUGAUCCGUCGAGUUUGCCCAAAUAUCCUCCAAGCAAAGAGAUAGAUGCGAAAUUGAGAGAAGAGGAAGCAAGAAGGAAAGGAGCUGCGGGGGCCAAGGGACACAAGGGCGAAAACGAUUCAAAAAAAUCGAGAGAAUUGAGAACUGUGGCAGGACUCGAUCCCAACACGGAGCUUGCUAGGUUAAUGCCGAGGAGGCACGGCCAUGUGGACUCAAAGAGCCGUAGCGAGUUUUUCAACACUCAGAAGGCAGACGCCGCUUCUGGUCUUGCGAUGGAUCAAUCGGAACGAGCACAAGUUUUGUCCGAAAGGAGCAAAGAUCUGCAGAAUCCUAGGGAGAGAGUGAUUUCUAAUUCCGGCCCUCUUGCUCCGCCCGUGAGUUGGACGCCGUCCGGGAAGAAAAACGACGAUGUUCCUAUUACUUCCGCGAGAAACGGUCUGCCAUCUGCAGAAUGCCGAGACAGUUUAGGUUCCCAACACGUCGGGGCUACAAAUCAAGCAGGUAGGUUCUCGCAGUCGUUUGGAGAGGCCGUGAGGAAGCACGACAGGAGGCGAGCGUCGCAAAUACUUCAGGGCACUCAGCAAGCCGACUACGGAAGAAUAAUCAGCACGAAAGAAACCGUCUUGGAGGGGCACGGUCAGAAGGAGAGAAAGAUCCAUUUCUCCGGCCCUCUGCUCGCCCCUUCGAACAACAUCGAGCAGGUGCUCAAAGAGCAUGAUUGCCGGAUCCAAGAAGCUGCUCGGCGUUUGAAGAACGAGAAGACGAGAGGCGGUAGAGUUCGGCCUCACGAGACGCAUCCCUCGGCUAAGCAGACGUACGUCUCGACAGAAAGCGCUGGCUAGGCCCGUCCGUCGGAAUCUAUACGUAUAUAUAUACAUAUAAUUCUUGUUUGAAGUAGGAAGAGACGAAACGAGUUCUACUUAUUCUUGAUGAGAUUGGGUUGUUCAUUUAGAGCUCAUAUUUUCUUGCAACUCAAAACAUAGUUCGAUUUUGUCAUAUGAUUCUCAUUUUCUCAUCAAAUUGUUGUUCCUUUACUUUGUUCCGAGAUUAUCCGAGAUUGAGUUUUGUUUCGAGAUUA